AUGGAAAUUCUUGAACUUGUCAACCAAGACCACGCUCCAACCGAGACACGUCCUUUUGUUUGUUCCAUCGCCAACUGCAGCAAGACUUUUGGUCGCCGCUCCGAUCUCGUGCGUCAUUCACGCAUCCACACCAACGAAAGACCUUUCAAGUGCCGUGAGCCUGAUUGUGGCAAAAGUUUUAUUCAGCGUUCCGCCUUGACUGUCCAUAUGCGCACGCAUUCUGGAGAGCGACCCCAUGUUUGUGAAUAUCCAUCUUGCAACAAAAGCUUCAGUGAUAGCAGCUCACUUGCACGUCAUCGACGUACACACACUGGCAAACGACCUUACAAAUGCCCAUUUGACGGAUGCACAAAAAGCUUUGUCCGCAAAACAAUCCUCACAAAACACAUGAAGCACGAUCACGCAACAAAUGGUAAACGGCCUCAAGUGCAGUGGCGUCCCUUUAUGGAAGAACGCAGAUUAGUACAGCAGCAACAACAGCAAACCCAGCAGCCAUGUGCUUGCCCAGAUUGCUGGCCCUGUUCAUCGCCGCCACCUGGUUUGCUACCAGAAAGCCCAUACUCGAGUUCAGACGAGCAAUCAUCCUUCCCAUCCUCACCACCUUCAACAACGUGGAACAGCUUGCCUAGCUCAUACCGAUCUUCUUAUUACCCACAACAACCCACUCCCGUCGCCAUCCAAUAUGAUGUUUUACCGAGCUUACCUGGAUACAUGUAUAUGAAUGACAAGUUUUCUUCUUCCAUCCGACAACAACAUACCGAUCUUUCAAUGUUCUCGGCAUAA